AUGGGAAUUGUUAAACCUGCAAUUCCACUAUCAGUCUUAUGGGGAACAACAACACUUACAACAUUAUAUUAUACUACAUCAACCCAUGAUAUUUCUCAUGAAAUUUAUUUGAUUUCCAGUUUAUUAAUGUUUAUGUUGGAAUGGGCUGCACCAC